AUGGAAGUGCGUCACGUAGCUUCAGUUGGUAUUGAAAAUCUGCCAUGCGAGUUACAAAGGAACUUCACUUUGAUGCGGGAUCUGGACAAUAGGACUGAAGAAAAAAAAGGAGAGAUUGACAAACUGGCCGAAGAGUACAUAGCAAAUGUGAAGAACCUGGCCUCGGAGCAGAGAGUGGAACACUUGCAGAAGAUUCAGAAUGCCUACAGCAAGUGCAAGGAGUUCAGCGAUGACAAAGUCCAGCUUGCAAUGCAGACAUACGAAAUGGUGGACAAACACAUCCGCAGGCUGGAUGCAGAUCUCGCUCGGUUUGAGAAUGAACUCAAGGAGAAACUAGAGCUGAGCGGCUAUGAAAGCACAGAUGGAAGAGCAUUGAAAAAGAGUGAAUCGCGAGGGCAGAGAGAGAAGCGUGGAUCCAGAGGACGCGGAAGGAAAGGAUCUGAUGAAGAUUCCCCCAGAAAGAAAAAGAUGAAGAACAGCCCAGACUUGAGUGAUGCACUCCUGCCUAUGCAACCAUCGGACGUCUUGGACAUGCCGGUCGAUCCCAAUGAACCCACGUACUGCCUGUGUCAUCAGGUGUCAUACGGGGAGAUGAUUGGCUGUGAUAACCCAGAUUGUCCCAUCGAGUGGUUUCACUUUGCUUGUGUCGAUCUCGCCACCAAGCCAAAAGGAAAAUGGUUUUGUCCGAGUGGUCUUGUUGAAAUCAACUUCCAGAUCAUAAAUAAAGUCUGGAUCGUCCUUGUGCUUCCGGUUCCUCUCAAACAGUCUGUCCAUCUCUCCCUUCUUUCGGGCCAAUUCAUCAUCUGCCAGCUUGUUCAAGUCUUCAUUGGGGUCAAGGCGGAAGGAGGCAAGGCUGUGUUCCAGGCUGAAGCCCUGCAUGUGAUCCCUGAGGAUGAUGUGAAGUUUUUCCAGCUGAGUCUGGGACACUCCCUCCAGAAUAAGCAGCCUUUACAGGGAAAUGAGAAUGAAGACCAUUGUAGAAUACUGAAGCUGGGGCUUGAAGACUCAACAGUGUCAGUGGAGCUUGGCAAAAAUGGUUUUCACAGAGAGGUGAUAACCACUGUCGAGAUCAGGCCUGAUGUGCUCAGCAGUGUCCGAGUUUUGCUGCUCUACAGUUGGCCAAGUGGUGUCUACGUAGACCCAUAUCAACUCGCAUCCCUGAGUAACCAAAGAGACUGGCAGAUGCUAUUAGAUUCAAGCAUCGACCUGGAGCUGCCUGCUCACAAGACUUCAGGAUUUUCUUCAUAUGUGUAUCCCUCAUACACUGCACCAAUCACUAGUCCCCUUAAAGUAGAAAUUCCAGUGCAUGGACGCUACCACAAACCUUCAUUUUCUGGGAAAACCUCUACAUCCAUUAGAAUUGAACCCCCUGAGCUGUUCCUGUGGUCUGAAAAAUGCACUCAGCUGGACAGAUUGAAUGCUCCAAGUGUUUUGGAGGCACCAUGUACCGACAAGAAUUCCAGUACCUGUUCAUGGCUCAAAGUCCGUCGUCAGCAGGAGCUUAGCCCCAUGAGUCUGCAGUUACCAGUGGGUGAUGGCUGGGCGAUGGCUCCUGUAUGCGGGGGAACUCUCCUGGUCACCAUGACCUGCUGUGCAGUGCUGUCCAAAUACAUAAUUAAGUUAUUUAUACACCGCGUGCCCUGUUCGGGCGCCAGUGACCCUGCAGGAGAGCUUUUAAAGGAUUUUACAACCGUUUCCUGGACCGUCCUGCAGUCAAGUUGUGCUCUAGUUGAGCUGGUGUGGAAUCUCCGGUACUACCAGGCACUUCCUCUCUUCUGCAUGCGCACACCAGCGCGUCAUACUGAUGUGAGCGCCGCCCCCCCCUGCUUCGCUGUGUAUCGCCCUCUCCAGCCUCACCCACCCUGCAAGGCUCACAGAGAUCUCCCAGCAAUGUGUGACAACGGCGACCCGGAGGAUAAGCCCCCCGCCCCUCCAGUCAGGAUAGGCAGCACCAUCUUCAGCACUAGCACUGGCAAAGACCUGCUCUCCGCCAACCACAGCUCCAAGCCACUCCCCUCUGUGCCCGAGGAGAGGAAAGCUCGCCACAAGAUCAUCUCAAUCUUCUCCGGGGCGGAAAAAGGUGGCAGGAAGAAAGAUCGCGAAAAGGACCGAUUAGAGAUCUCAUCCCCGUUAGAUUUUGAACACACCUUACAUGUGGGCUUCGACGCUGUGACGGGGGAGUUCACAGGCAUGCCGGAGCAGUGGGCUCGACUCCUCCAGACCUCAAACAUCACCAAGUCAGAGCAGAAGAAAAACCCACAGGCUGUGCUUGAUGUCCUCAAGUUCUACGACUCUUCGGGCAACGGGCGGCAGAAGUACCUCAGUUUCUCUUCCUCCGAAAAGGAUGCUUUCACUCCAGGACCUCAGUCUCCCGUCAAAAAAACCACCGAACCCUCAUCUCCGAACAUUAAAGACAUCGAUGAUGACGACGACGAUGAAGCUCCGCCUCCAGCUGUGGCACCAAGACCGAAGCACACACAGAGCGUGUACACUCGAUCUGUCGUCGACCCCAUCCCUGCUCCAAGCGCGUCACCCGACGCGGAUGCUGCCUCCAAGGCUGCAGACAAACAGAAAAAGAAGGGCAAGAUGACGGACGAGGAGAUCAUGGACAAACUACGAACCAUCGUCAGCAUUGGGGAUCCGAAGAAGAAGUACACACGAUAUGAAAAGAUUGGUCAGGGGGCAUCAGGAACAGUAUUCACAGCGAUUGAUGUGGCCACGGGACAGGAGGUGGCCAUCAAACAGAUCAACCUGCAAAAGCAGCCGAAGAAAGAGCUCAUCAUCAACGAGAUCCUGGUGAUGAAGGAGCUGAAGAACCCCAACAUCGUCAACUUUUUAGACAGCUUCUUGAUGGGGGAGGAGCUGUUUGUGGUGAUGGAGUAUCUGGCCGGUGGCUCGCUGACAGACGUGGUCACAGAGACCUGCAUGGACGAAGCUCAGAUCGCUGCUGUUUGCCGAGAGUGUUUACAAGCGUUGGAUUUCCUGCACGCCAAUCAGGUCAUUCACAGGGACAUCAAAAGUGACAACGUGUUGCUCGGGAUGGACGGCUCUGUGAAGCUGACCGACUUCGGCUUCUGUGCGCAGAUCACCCCAGAGCAGAGCAAACGGAGCACCAUGGUGGGCACGCCUUACUGGAUGGCCCCUGAAGUGGUGACCAGAAAAGCUUAUGGGCCCAAAGUGGACAUUUGGUCACUGGGCAUCAUGGCCAUUGAGAUGGUUGAAGGAGAGCCCCCCUACCUGAAUGAGAACCCACUACGAGCAUUAUACCUGAUCGCCACAAAUGGCACACCAGAGCUUCAGAAUCCAGAGAAGCUGUCUCCUGUUUUCAGAGACUUCCUGAACCGCUGUCUGGAAAUGGAUGUGGAGAAACGAGGGGGAGGCAAAGAGCUCUUACAGCAUCCAUUCCUGAAGCUUGCAAAGCCGCUCUGCAGUCUCACACCUCUCAUCCUGGCAGCUAAGGAAGCCAUGAAGGGCAGCCGCUAAGUGGUGGACCCGGCGGCCCCGCCUUCCCAUGCUGUGCACAAAUAUGUGCCAACCCUGUAGAUUUCGUGCCAGACAAUAGGCUGAGAGUUACUCGCCACUCUUGAUGCACCAGCCUUAUAAGCCCUGACAACAACCUCACUGUGAAGAAGACCAAAAAUCGAGAGCACAACCCCACCGCUGUCCAUAUGAACUCUUUUCUCUCAGAUGUCAAAAGACAAGUCAAACUAAAGUGCUUAGUUUCAGAGUCAGGCAUAGUUGAUUAGUUUUUGUACAUGGAAUUUCUCAGCAACAAGUUAGGGCUAGGCUUGUUUUUAACUUGGAAUGAAGAAGAGGCCUAGUUCUGUUUAGUUUUUUUUUUUUUUAAUCAACUGCCUUAAACAAAUGCAAAUGUUGCUUGAUGUAUUGUUGAUUGUGUCUGUCUUUUUUCCCAUGAUUUUUACUACCUUUGUAAUUGACCCUUUCAGCUUGUCAGUGUCUUAGUUAUUUUGAUACUUGAAUCUCAUGUCUGUCCCUCCUCAUGGUAUAUAAUGUGUCUCAUCCGGUGAACACUCACCAUUUCCACCUCGACCCACAUUUUACGGACUGUUUUCUUAUAGGAAGCAUUUCAGAUCAUCAUGAAUAUGUGCUGUGAUUGUGUUGUUCCAAAACAGCCAGACUUGACCGAUCUACUGUAUCAGUUUUCCCCCUGUAUCAUUAGUGUCCUGAUACCAGAGGCGCACCUUACAGGCUAUUAAAAUAUUAGAUUGACAGGGUUUUUACUUUCUCUUUAUUGUUAUUAAAAUGAGCAUGAUCUGUUGAACUCUGUCCUCUGUGUUCUUCUGGACUCAAGUGCACUUUUUCCAUGUGUAUAUUGUGUACUUAAUAAUUAGUUUGAAGAGACGUGACCAUAUCAUACUGUUUAGCUGCCAAAGGCAGGGAAAGACAAAAUUGGUAACAAAUGUUUUUUAUGUUUGUUUUGAGUGAGUUAUUUUUGUUUUUGUCUGGUCUGGACAACUAACAACUUUGUUGUCUGUUUGCUCAAAUAAAUGUACCUGUUUUGCUUGUGUCAUUUGGGUGUUGAGGUGAUUAGUUUACAAUAACAAGACUUUUUAAAUUAAACUUGAAGAAA